UCCCACGACUGUGUCCCCGGACAAUGUCUCUUUCUUCUCUGAGCUGGUGGCAAAUGUCUGGGCAGAGUCUCGUCUAUUUAAAACCAGCCAAGCAGGAAUCCUAAUGCUGCGGGAGAGGAGUCUUUGGUUUAGUUGGUGAAGUCGAGCAGGAAGUCUCCCCGCGGAACUACUAUGAGGCCAGAAGCCUUGCUGCUAUGUCUCACACUGCUGCAGUCCGCUGGGGCCGCCUUCCCAGAAGAUUCUGAGCCAAUCAGUAUUGCGCAUGGCAACUAUACAAAACAGUAUCCGGUGUUUGUGGGUCAUAAGCCAGGACGGAACGCCACACAGAGGCACAGGCUGGACAUCCAGAUGAUUGUAAUUAUGAACAGAACCCUCUAUAUCGCAGCCAGGGACCAUAUUUAUACUGUUGACAUAGAUACACCCCACACAGAAGAAAUUUACUGUAGCAAAAAACUGACGUGGAAAUCUAGACAGGCUGAUGUGGACACCUGCAGAAUGAAGGGGAAACACAAGGAUGAGUGCCACAACUUCAUCAAAGUUCUUCUCAAGAAGAGCGACGACACGCUGUUUGUCUGCGGAACCAAUGCCUUCAACCCUUCCUGUAAAAACUACAAGAUCGACACUCUGGAACCGUCGGGGGAUGAGUUCAGUGGGAUGGCCAGAUGCCCGUAUGACGCCAAACACGCCAACAUCGCACUGUUUGCAGAUGGAAAACUGUACUCGGCCACGGUGACGGACUUCCUGGCUAUCGAUGCGGUCAUCUACCGCAGCCUGGGAGACAGCCCCACCCUGAGGACCGUCAAGCACGACUCCAAGUGGUUGAAAGAGCCAUACUUUGUCCAGGCGGUGGAUUACGGGAACUAUAUCUACUUCUUCUUCAGGGAAAUCGCUGUGGAAUACAACACCAUGGGCAAGGUCGUGUUUCCCAGGGUGGCCCAGGUGUGCAAGAACGACAUGGGGGGGUCCCAGCGGGUGCUGGAGAAGCAGUGGACCUCCUUCCUGAAGGCCCGGCUCAACUGCUCUGUGCCCGGCGACUCCCACUUCUAUUUCAACAUCCUGCAGGCCGUCACCGACGUGAUCCGCGUCAACGGCCGGGACGUUGUGCUGGCCACCUUUUCCACGCCUUACAACAGCAUUCCCGGCUCGGCGGUCUGCGCCUAUGACAUGGGGGACAUUGCCAACGUGUUCACCGGGAGAUUCAAAGAGCAGAAGUCCCCCGACUCCACCUGGACGCCCGUUCCCGAUGAGCGAGUCCCCAGACCCAGGCCGGGUUGCUGUGCCGGUUCCUCGUCCUUAGAAAAAUACGCCAGCUCCAGCGAGUUCCCGGAUGACACCCUGAACUUCAUCAAGACGCACCCGCUGAUGGACGAGGCCGUCCCCUCCAUCAUCCACAGACCCUGGUUCCUGAGAACCAUGGUCAGAUACCGCCUGACCAAAAUCGCCGUGGACACGGGCGCCGGGCCUUACCAAAACCACACUGUGAUCUUCUUGGGAUCCGAGAAAGGAAUCAUCCUGAAAUUCUUGGCUCGGAUCGGAAAUAGCGGCUUCCUGAAUGAUAGCCUUUUCCUGGAGGAGAUGAGCGUUUACAACCCAGAAAAGUGCAGCUACGAGGGGGUGGAAGACAAGAGGAUUAUGGGAAUGCAGCUGGACCGAGCCAGCAGCGCCCUGUACGUCGCGUUUUCCACCUGCGUGAUAAAGGUCCCUCUCGGCCGGUGCGAGCGGCACGGCAAGUGUAAAAAGACCUGCAUCGCCUCCAGGGAUCCGUACUGCGGCUGGCUGAAGGAGGCGGGCUCCUGCGGGCAGCUGUCGCCGUUCAGCAGACUGGCUUUUGAGCAGGACAUCGAACGCGGCAAUACAGAUGCUCUGGGAGACUGUCAUAAUUCCUUCGUGGCCCUGAAUGACAUUUCAACUCCUCCACCAGAUCAUGAAAUGUCUUACAACGCAGUGUAUGGGCGCACCAGCCCCCUCUGGCCCAGCACCACCUCGUCGGGCUCGGCGGCAGGUCGAGAGGGGUUCGAGUCUAGGGGAGGCGUGCUGGACUGGAAGGACUCGCCGGAGUUACCGGGCAGCUCAGACCCCCUGGGGGCGGUGUCCUCCCGCAACCACCAGGACAGGAAGGGCGUGAUCCGGGAGAGCUAUCUCAAGGGCCACGACCAGCUGGUGCCCGUGACGCUGCUGGCCAUGGCGGUGAUCCUGGCGUUCGCCACGGGCGCCGUGUUCUCGGGCAUCGCCGUGUACUGCGUGUGCGACCACCGGCGCAAGGACGCGGCGGGCGGCGCGGCGCGCAGGGACAAGGACAAGGACGCGGCGGGCGCGCGCCGCGGCUCGGCGGGCAGCGUGGCCAAGCUGGGCGGCCUGUUCCUGAACGACGCGCCGCCCGCCAAGGAGCCCAAGGCCGAGGCCGUGCUGGCGCCGCUGAUGCCCAACGGCGGCGCGGCCAAGGCGCACGCGCACGCGCCGCCGGACCUGGGCGCGCUGCCCACACCCGAGUCCACGCCCACGCUGCCGCGCACGCGCAAGCCGGGCCGCGCGGGCCGCGAGUGGGAGCGCGGCCUCCGCGCCAAGGACCUGGGGCCGCCCGCCGAGCCGGGCGCGCCGCCCGACGGCCCGCCGCCCAAGGUCCCGCAGCGCGAGGCCUCGCUGGGCCCGCGCCUGGACGCGCCGCACCCGGCCUACGGCCUCGACUUCGCCGCCGCCGCGCGGGGCUACCCCACGAACUCGCUGCCGCGGCCGCACGCCGCCACCCUCAAGCGGAACAACACCAACUCCUCCAACUCCUCGCGCCUGGCCCGCCACCACAGCUUCGGGGCCGACCAGCCGCCGCCCGCCCCGCAGCGGGUGGACUCCAUCCCCGCGCGCGCCCCGAGCCGGCCCGGCCCGCAGCGCGCGCCCUCGCUCAAGCCCGACGUGCCCCCCAAGCCCGCCUUCGCGCCCCUGCCCUCCGCCAUCAAGCCCGCCGACGCCUGCACAUAAUCCGAGGGCGGA